ACAAGAAUCUGUUUCCAUAGAGACCAUCUGUGGUAAAAGGCGAAGGAGCAGCUACUAGCCUGCACAGCGGGUAAUAAACUCAUCAUAGUAGAUGCAGCAUGCUCCUUUCGAUAACCGCACGACAGCCAGUUAAACUACAAUGUUUGUUGUUUAUAAGUUAGGCUAGCGUUAGCCACCGGCGCCUUGACUGUUAGCUUUUUGCUAACGUACUGCUAGCGACAAGCUAGCUAGACUAUGUAAUCACAACUGUGCUGUUUAUACCGAGGCCACGUUCUCAAACACCACUGUUGGUUGAACAAAAAGAGGAAACAUCAGUGUACGUUUUGCUUUACAGUUCUUGCUGGUCAUAAUGUCAUUCAGAGACUUAAGAAAUUUCACAGAAAUGAUGAGAGCCUUAGGAUAUCCUCGCUUGAUAUCCAUGGAGAACUUCAGGACACCUAACUUCACUCUAGUGGCUGAAAUCCUUAUAUGGCUUGUAAAGAGAUAUGAGCCACAGAUUGAUAUUCCCACUGAUGUGGACACAGAGUCAGACAGAAUAUUCUUCAUCAAGGCUGUGGCAGAGUUCAUGGCGACAAAGGCUCACAUCAAGCUGAACACCAAGCGUCUCUACCAGGCUGAUGGUUACGCAGUGAAAGAGAUGUUGAAGAUCACCUCCGUGCUGUACAAUGCAAUGAAAACCAAACAGAUGGCUCUGGGAGAAAAGGUGGAGGAGGACAACAACAAGUUCAAGUUCGACCUCGGCUCACGGAUCUCAGAUCUUAAAGCAGCUCGGCAGCUGGCAUCCGAAGUCACCUCUAAAGGAGCAUCACUAUAUGAUUUACUAGGAAAAGAGGUGGAUUUAAGGGAAAUGAGAACGGCAGCCAUUGCUAGACCCUUGGAGGUCAAUGAAACAGAAAAGGCCCUCAAAGCUGCAAUCAAGGAGGUUUUGGAAAGUGUGGAAAAGACCAAAGACAUGCUGAGUAACGUUGUGUCUGAUGAGACCAGUCUGGACGCCAAGAUAGAAAAGAAGAAGCAGGAGCUGGAAAGAAAUCGAAAGAGACUUCAGACGUUGCAGAGUGUAAGGCCAGCGUUCAUGGAUGAAUAUGAGAAGAUCGAGGAAGAUCUGCAGAAGCAAUAUGAUACUUUCGUAGAGAAGUACAGGAAUCUCACCUUCCUGGAGUCUCAACUGGAUGAAUACCAUAGACUGGAACAGGAAAGGUUUGAGGAAGCUGAAAACACUCUGAGGGUAAUGCAGCACAAACUAAGAGAGGAAGAGAAGGAUCUGAUGAAGGGUUCAUUGAAAGACGAGGACUCUGACAUGGACGUUCCAGAGGACGAAGGUUCAGACAGUGACAUUGAAGAGGUCCGACCGUCCAAGCCUCGGCCCACAAGAAAUGGCAUCAUGGCAGGGAGAGGAGCGCGUUUCAUCGGGAACAUGCAGGGUGGUGACAGCGAUGAGGCGUCUUUAGCUGUUUCCAGAAGGUCAAUUCCCCAUGCCAAAAAACAGCGGAAAGGAAAGACUGAAGACAGUGAGAUUGAUGUGGACGAGGAUGAUGAGGAAGAUGAGGAAGGCGAGGAAGAGGAGGAGGAAGAAGAGAGCAAAGAUUUGGAGGAUGACAGUUUGGAGGGACCAUUAUCAGGUGGCAGUCGUCCCUACAAGGGAGGCAUGAGGCCCCCUCUGCUGGAGGAAAGUGAUAAUGACUUCUAAUGGAGGGCACACAGAUGAGCUCCAGCUGUUUCUAUGUUCCAGUGACUAUGUACCAUCAUUUAGGUUUUUGAACUUUAACCAUCCAUAUCCAGUUCCUGUUCUUUAAAGUUUGUGAAAAUUAUUCAUCAUAAUAAAAUAAUAAUAAGGGUUUCAUUUUUA